CGGGGGCGGUCACCAGAGACUUUGGGCGAAGAUGGCGACAGUGAGGAAGGCUUUCCCGCGGAGACUGGUGGGCUUGGCAUCCCUCCGAGCUAUGAGCACCUCCUCCAUGGGCGCAUUGCCAAAGCGGGUGAAGAUCGUGGAAGUUGGUCCCCGAGACGGUCUGCAGAAUGAAAAGACUAUUGUACCAACCCCAGUGAAAAUCAAGCUGAUAGACAUGCUCUCCGAAGCAGGGCUCCCUGUUAUUGAGGCCACCAGCUUUGUCUCUCCCAAGUGGGUGCCCCAGAUGGCUGACCACUCUGACGUAUUGAAGGGCAUUCAGAAGUUUCCUGGCGUCAACUACCCAGUCCUGACUCCAAACAUGAAAGGCUUUGAGGAAGCGGUAGCCGCAGGUGCCAAGGAAGUGAGUAUCUUCGGGGCUGCAUCUGAACUCUUCACCCGGAAGAAUGUGAACUGCUCUAUAGAGGAGAGUUUCCAGCGCUUUGAUGGAGUCAUGCAAGCUGCGCGGGCCGCCGGCAUCCUUGUGAGAGGAUACGUCUCCUGUGUCGUCGGAUGCCCCUACGAGGGGAAGGUGUCCCCGGCUAAAGUUGCUGAGGUCGCCAAGAAGCUGUACUCAAUGGGCUGCUAUGAGAUCUCCCUUGGGGACACCAUCGGCGUAGGCACCCCAGGACUUAUGAAAGACAUGCUGACUGCCGUCAUGCAUGAGGUGCCUGUGACCGCAUUGGCUGUCCACUGCCAUGAUACCUAUGGUCAGGCUCUGGCCAACACCUUGGUGGCCCUGCAGAUGGGCGUGAGUGUUGUGGACUCCUCUGUGGCGGGACUUGGAGGCUGUCCCUAUGCAAAGGGGGCAUCAGGGAACCUGGCUACGGAGGACCUGGUCUACAUGCUGACUGGCUUAGGGAUUCACACGGGUGUGAACCUUCAGAAGCUCCUCGAAGCCGGGGACUUCAUCUGUCAAGCCCUGAACAGAAAAACCAGUUCCAAAGUGGCACAGGCCACCUGCAAACUCUGAUCCCCUUGUUCACCUGAAGACCGGGACUAUGGGAGUUGGGUGCACACAAUGAUUCUUGGAUGAGGAAAAUGGAAUGAGAGCAAAUGAGCCAGCAUCACAGAGGUCCCUCUCCUUGAUGGAAAGGUCUGGCACCACCAGGCCCAGAGCAGCUCCCCAGAGCUGUGUGCCUGACCAUUGCUUGGGAUGGCCCUGGGUGAGUCUGCUAGCCAACAGCGCUGAUGACCACCGUGCUACUGUGUUCUACCUCUGAGGACAGAGAAGUUUUCCCUUAAGCCAGCAGAGCAUUUGCUGAGAUGGUAGGGGUUGAUCUGCUGCGGUGGCCACCUGCCAACUCCAGCAUCUCUGGGAAAUCUCCAUGUUGUACAUAAUUAAAAAAAAAAAAAAGCUUAUAUAAUUAAAGGUUUAAUUUUCUAAUAU